ACGGACCCAACCCACCAAAAACUUUCCUUGAAGAGAAAAUUGGCUAGACUCUUUGACAAGUCAAUCCAUGAAUCAGAUUACAUCACGCCUAUGUUUUCCUAAUUUUAAUCCAUUCGAAAUUUCACCCAACUGUUCGCCUGUUAUCAUCCACUGUUUAUACUUCCGACGCCGAUCCGAUCCCCGAUUCGAGAUCAAUGGAAGGAGGUACAAGUUCCGGCGGAGCCGGAGCAGGAGCUGGUGGAGGAGGGCCGGCGCCUUUCCUGAUGAAGACGUACGAUAUGGUGGACGACUCGGCGACAGACGCGAUUGUGUCGUGGAGCUCUGCUAAGAACAGCUUUGUUGUUUGGAACCCUCCGGAGUUCGCGCGCCUCCUCCUUCCUACCUAUUUCAAGCACAACAACUUCUCAAGCUUCAUUAGGCAAUUGAACACUUACGGUUUCAGAAAAAUUGAUCCUGAGAGAUGGGAAUUUUCUAAUGAAGAUUUUGUAAAGGAUCAGAAACAUCUGCUUAAGAAUAUCCACCGAAGGAAGCCUAUUCACAGCCACAGCCACAGCCACAGUCACGGCCACAACCAUCCUCAAGGUUCCUCGAUGGAUCCAGAAAGAGCAGCUUUUGAAGAAGAAAUAGAGAGGCUUUCACGCGAGAAAGCUGACCUUGAGGCACGUGUUGCAGCAUCUGUACAACGGCGAAAAGCUGCAAAGCAGCAAUUGGAUGAUCUAACACACCGGACAGAUAGUGUGGAAAAGAGGCAGGUAAAUUUGCUUACUACAUUGGAGAAAGCUGUCCACAACCCUGCUUUUCUUGAACAACUUGCCAAAAAAAUUGAAUCUUUGGAUGAUUUGGCAUAUACUAAGAAAAGGCGACUUCCAGAAGAUAAAUGCUCGAAGACAAUUCCAGAAAGCAGUUUGUUGGACAACGAUAGUAGUUCUAGGCCCGAGUUUGGGAGUGUCAUUAAUCAAGAUUUUUCAAAUAAGCUUAGACUGGAAUUAUUACCAGCUGUUUCAGACAUUAACUUGGUCUCGCGUAGCACACAAAGUUCAAAUGAAGAUGGGGGGAGUCCCCUGAGAAAUGUGUCUGAUGGAGACCCAAAAUAUGCACAGGCAAGAACAGAAACUCUUUCAUUUGCACCCGAAACUUUAGAGCUUUCGGAUACUGGGGCAUCAUUUGCAUUCAAAAUGGAUGAAUCAUUCCCGCAGAAGGUGCCAGCAACGGAAGGCACAAAACUACAUUCUUUGCAGUCGAAUCUGGGUUUUAAUGAAGAAGUUGAUGGCCAUAUGUCCUGCCACUUGAAUUUAACUUUAGCAUUUUCUCCAUUGCAAGUCAACCAAAUUCCUAAUUCAUCUAGGGGGCCCCAGCUAGGUCAGGGGAUUGGCAAGUCCCUAGAGUCUUCUUUUGGUGAAAAUGCUAAAGAAGCUGAGGGUAGAGUUUUUCCGAAGAACAGAAAUGCAGAUGACGAGGAUGCAACCUUACCUUCCUCAAAAGAUAUUUCCAAUAGCACCCAAGGGCCACCACCUGCUCCCGUUCGAGUAAAUGACGUAUUCUGGGAACAGUUCCUCACCGAAAGACCAGGCUUUUCUGACAACGAAGAGGCAAGUUCUACCUACAGGGCAAACCCAUAUGAUGACCAGGAUGAUAGAAGGUCAAGCCAUGGAAUGACCAGAAGUGGUAAGAACAAGGACCAGCUUUCCCUUUGACCAUGAAAGUGGUUGCACAAAAAAGACUAUUUUUCAGCCUGCGCAUUACACUGAUAGGUCCGAACAAGAGGGAGAGGCGGGGAGCACUGAGCAGCCAUUGAUCCAAGCAACUUUCAAUUUAGGGCUUUACUGACAGAGGAAGCUAAACAAGGAAAAUAGAUUAAAAGAGAAUUGAGCCCAUGACAUAGGGCUUUCACAUUAUUAGAAUGUAAGCCCAUAGCAUUGUAAGUUUAUAAUUAUAUCAGAAAUGCAUAUGGGUGGGUGGUGAAAAUGAAUUAGAGGUGUAUGUUUAUUCCUCUUCCUAAUACUCUGUCAUCAGUUAUUUCAUCUUUAAUUUGGUUUUCUCGCGACUGAUUAUGUCCUGAAUCUCUCACUCCUGAAUUUGUGCUCUUGCUAUUCUCCAUAUUCAAUAGUAUUUCAUAUAAUCGCCA